AUGCUGAAGCCGUUGGCUCUGCUUAUUCUGCUGCUCUUAUACCAGACCUUGCCAGUUGGUGGCAUCCUUUGCCUCUACUGUCCCUUUGAACGCAAAGAGGAGUCCUGCCCGAUCAUUGAGACGCAGUGCAGGGAGGAUGAAUUCUGCUACACCGCCAGUGGCCAGUAUUCUGGGAUUGAUGUCCUGUCAGGGAAAGGAUGUUUGGCCAGAGACAAGUGUGACAUUGAGGGAAACGUCCGCUAUAAAGGCAUCUCCUACAGUGUGACGUAUGCCUGUUGUCGUGAAAACAUGUGCAACGCUGCCCACAACACACAUCCCUCUCGAGUUCUACUGGUGUUCAUUCCAGGACUUGUGGCUGUCUGGCUCAUGGGACAGGCUUUGAAUCUGUGGUGA